AUGCACCAAAAGGCCACAGCCACACUGCUCGAUCUUGCUGCAAGGAGUCUGCUGAGUAAUGAGCCUGCAGCUAUCCGUGCCCUGGAAGAACUCCCAAGAGACCUCUUUGAUCCAUUGUUCAUUGCUGCCUUCUUGGGUGGGCAUAAGAAGAUACUAACGGCAAUGGUGAGAGUUUGGCCCUUUUGCUGUCUCCAUGUUGGGACAUUGAGUGUACGAGAGUCAUACUACGAAAUCGUGGAAGCCGUGAUUGAUGGUCUGCAGAUCCCCCCUGUCCAGAGCCCUUCCUCUUGGGGGCCAAAACUGAGGAUCCUAGAUUUAAGGCAGGACCUGGACUGUGAGACAACAUGCUUGGAGACCGGGACCACAUUCCCUUUCUGUUUUCAGUGUUGUAUUUAUUCUCGGCACUCUAUCCUUAAACUAGAAGAAGCCCGGCAUAGUGUCAGGUGCCUUGGAAUUGUUAAUUCAGAGUCUGAGCUUCAGUCAGCCCAGGAACCCAUGGAAUUGUUAGUGGACCUUUCCCUCAGUGAUACCUUGAGAGCAAAGCAAUUUCUUUCUUUCCUUCGGAGUAAGGUUGAGCAGAGCGUUGGGUCCUUGCACCUCUGCUGCAGAGGUUUGCAGAUUGAUAAAAUGUCUGCCCACAGAAGUAUCCUGCAGUUUCUGGAUCUGGGAUGCAUUGAUCACCUGGAUGUGGGUGAGGCAGAUCUGAGUGAAGUCACCACCCUUUUGGCUCGGACGAUCCACCUGGACAGCCUUAGUCUGUAUAACAUCGCCUUUAAAUCUUGUCAGAGGAAAAACUUCAGAACUUUUCUCAACCGGCUUGGGCGGCUGGACAACCUCCAGAAGCUCAUCUUGUCUUUCUUCCACCUCACCGAUCAACUGCACAAACUGCUCAGAGUUCUGCCGCCUCAGUUGGAUACAUUGUGUCUACCACUCUGUGGCCUGUCUGACAGAGAUGUCACUGUCCUGUCCCAGAGCUCUCAGGCCACCCACCUAAGGCUGUUGAAUCUCAGUGACAACCAGAUAUUCUCGGAAGAUUAUGAGCCCUUCCAGACUCUGCUGGAGAAGGUCUCAGGCACCCUGCAGCAUCUGGAGAUGAGUAAUUGCCUGAUAACUGACUCUGCUCUCUCUGCUGUCCUCCCAGCCCUGAGCCAAUGUUCCCAUCUCCGUGUCCUUAGCUUUGCCUUCAACCCCAUUACGAUGCCUGUGCUCACGAGCCUUCUGCAGCACUUGGCAUCCUUGAUGGAGCUGAAGCAUGCAGUUUAUCCUGUGCCUGUCCAUUGCUAUGAACAGUGGAAUUUUCGUGGCACUUUGGACCCACGGAAACUUGCCGAAGUGCAGGCCCAGGUGAAGGCAAUGCUGCAGGCGGUACAGCGGGACGACAUGACCUGGACCACUUGUGCUGAGUGAUUUCCACAGUACAAGGAGCUGUUUCAACACUCAAGUGUGGCCAUUCAAGCACUCACUGUUUUUCCUGAAGCCCAAGUUUGUGGAGACACGUAUAUAAAAUUCUACUGUUCCAGGAAACCGGGGAUAGGAAGGUUGACUGAGUAGUGGACCUCUAUAAAAGAGGAACUCUGAAAAAAAAUAGAGGAAUUUGAAAGGCCCUGUGGAUCUCUUGCCCCUGGCCCUCGACAUCCUCUUCUGGUGACUAACCCCAGCGUUGGGUAUGUGACGUAAGGUAACCUGGUCAUGGUACAUCACCUCCCUGUCCACACUGAUUGGCCCGUUUAUCCACUUAGGGGCACUUGACACAAGUCAGAUCAAUUGGAACUCUUCCUGGAUGUGGUAGCGGUUGAAGCCGAUAACUUUGCCCUCUAGGGUUCUGCAAACAUCUUGUAGUUAUGAUCGCCUUAGGUUGCUUAUGAGAAACCAAAUGCAAGUAAAAGGAAACAAACUUUGCCCACUACCUACUGGUGUCUUCAUCAACCUGUGGCUGCCCGCUUUCUCAGGUCUCAGACCCCUGGCUCAGUUAUUCCUUAUCUCACAUACAUUCGCUGAGUAUCUGUUCCGAUGUAGAUACUGUUUCACGUGCUAAGAAAAAUAAAGUCCCUGAUCUCAAACCACUCACAGUACACAUGUUCCUGUGAUUUUUCAGUUUCUCCACUCUUUCUUAGGGCAUUUAGGAAAAUUAUUUCUUCCCCCAAACUCCAGCUUCUUUUCGCUUUUUCCGUUACAUACUGUGCUCAAUCCAUGCUGGCCUCUUGAUGCUGUUGGAUAGCUGCUCAACCCUCAGGUCAUGGCUUAAAUGUUUACCUCCUCAGAUAGAUUUUCUCUUACUUCCUUACUUAAGUAGCUUUACUCUGCUGUUGCUCUCUCUUAAUGUACCAUGUACGUUUCCUUCAUGGUCUACACCAUUCCUUAUGGAUUUGCUCCCUCUGCUCUUCCACUAGAGUUGCACUGUUCCGUGUGGGACACACUCGCCAUAUGUGACUACUGAGCACUAGAAGUGGGGCUACUCUGAAAUGUCAUGUACUCUUAAGUGUUAAGUGCACGCUGUACAUCCCAGGCUUAGUAAGAAACAAAUGAGGUAGAAUCCCUGGUAAUUUAUUUACAUUGUUUACAUGUUGAAGUGAUGACGUACUGCAUGUCAAAGACAGUAAAGAAGAAAGAAUGUAAAUGAAGUUGCUUAUGUUGUUUACGUGUUGAAAUGAUAGCACUGCAUUUCGAAGACUUUUAAGGAAAAAACGUUAAAAUAACUAAUUAAUGAUCUGUUUGUAUGUUUACAUGUCAAAAUGAUAAAACAUUGCAUUUCAAAGACCUAUUGGGAAAAAAGAAUGUAAAAUUAAUUGAUAGUUUGUUCCUACUGCUUACGUGUUGAAAUGAUAACGUACUGAGUUUCAAUGACUUAGUACCCAAAAAAGAAGGGAAAAUAAUUAAUAGUUUGUAUUUUGUAUUUUCCUGUUUAAAUGGAAACAGACUGCAUUUUAAAGACUUAAUGUGCGAGAAGAACGUAAAAGUAAUUAAUGAUAUGUUUAUAUUGUUUCCAUGUUGAAAUGAUAACACACUCAUUUCAAUGACUCGGGAAACAAAUAAUUUAAAAUUAUUUUUUCUUAUUGCUUACACCUUGCAGUGGUAACAAACUACAUUUCAAAGACUUAGAGAAAAGGAUGUAAAAAGUAAUUAUUCAUUAAUGUAGCUAAUAAUUUGUUCUUAUUUCCAUUUUGUGAUAACACACUACAUUUCUGACUUAGAAAGACAAACGUUAAAAUAAGUAAUAAAUGAAUUGUGUACGUUGUUUCUUUGUUGAAAUGAUAACACAUGGCAUUAUUGUGUUUUGUUGAAACGAUAGCACAAAGGCUCUGUAAGAAAAAAAGAAUGCAGAAUUGAUCAUCUGUUCAUAUUGCUUACACGUUGAAAGAAUGCACUGUGUUUCAAAGACUUACUAAAAAGUAUAAAAUUAAUUUACUUAUAUUGUUUCCAUGCUGAAAUUAUAGUUUGCUUUUACUUUUGUGUUAAAUAAAAUAACUAUUACAAUUAAA